UACUUACUUGUUUAUAUUGUUUGAAUUGAGGCGCUUUUCUAGGUAGAUAAGCCAUGAAGCAGUUUUAUGAAGAAACAAACUUUAUGUUGGAGCUUCUUUGACAUCCGCUUGUUCUAGUGUGUUUCACAAGAUAUAGCUGUCUUGCAAAAGAUCCUAGAGGCAGAAUCAGAGCUUGAUUAAGCUUUCCUAGGUGCAUCUAGUGGUUUGCUUAUUUUCUGUGGUGCAUCUGAACAUUGCUCUUGGAAGGACUUCUGGGCAGGUUGAACUGUACUCUGUAGGUUAGCAAUAGAAGCCCUUUCCAGUGGCUUGAAAGGAUCUUGGGUACUUUGCAGAGCAGGUACUUCAAGCUCGAGGCAUUUGAGCCUGUAAUAAGGCCUUGACACUACACAAGUUGCUGUAGCUUGGCUGAUUUUCAGGCAUGUGAACAGUCCCCCUGCCUGCCCUGAUUUCAUGUUUGUGAUUGCAAGCUGUGGCUCCAUUGGGGUUUACACAUUAUAAACCUUGAGCAGAUACUGUUGCUCAAAGACAGUCCGCACCAGUGUGUCCUUAAGCAUAUCCUCAUCACUUAUUUACAGAUAGCCCACAGCAUGCAGGUGGUCACAGGCACUUGCCAAAUGUUUUUGGAGGGGAGGUUUGCUGUAGUUUAGUAUCGCUGCUGCUCUGGCUACAGUCUGAUGCUGAUAGGAAGAGAGGCUUCCUAUGGUAUGUAAGAGCAGCAAUCUCAGCUGUACUGUUUUGCAGGAUAGAUACAAAGUGCAUUCUUUCCUCUGCACUUUGAUAAAAAAUACUGUAAUCAUAACUCCUCCCCAGCCUUACUUUUGUAAGCUUGAGUAAUAAUUGCUUCUUUUCAUCCUUGGAUCCAAUUGUUACCUUGGUCCUGUGAACAUUUCUGCACGCUCUGUUGUGUAGUGUGUUUUGUUUCAGCUGAGUUCCUCGGAUUCCUGAGUUGUUCUGGUUUCAUGGGGAAAACAGCAUAGCAUGAAAUAAAGAAAAGCAGGAAAAUUGCAUCAAAGGAAUGCCCACUGCAGCCUAUGGGGAGUGGAGGUCUGCUGAUCUCUUCUGCCAAUGCAUUUGCUUAGAAACACUGUCUACAAUAUCUGUGGCUCCAAGCAACUCUGGGGGAAUGAUGGGAAUGUUUUUAACUUCAGUAAAUUCCAGGAGGACCCUGAACAAGAGGCAGAAGUGGAAGCACAGUGUACAGUGAAGGAGACCCCAGAGGAUGGGAGGAUGGAGUCUCGGUUGAACUUGUUUAGGAAAGCCAAGUGGGUGAACAGUAGCUUGGCAGAAGAGCAACCCCGGGAGAGGAACUCAAUGGAUAAAGUGAACGUCCUACAGCAGCAGAUGCUGACACUCACAGAGGAGGUCAAGUCACAGAAGGAGUUGGUUAAGCUUCUCCACAAAGCCCUGGAGGCAGCCCAGCAGGAGAAGCGAGUGUCUAGCAUGUAUCUCACUGCAGCAGAAGAUAAGGACAGGCUGGAGUUAGUGCGCCACAAAGUGAGACAAAUUGCAGAUCUCACCAGUCGACUGGAAGCUCUUGAGCAGGAGAAGAAGGAACUUGAGCAGAUGCUUGCUCUGAGAGACAGCCAUAUCCAGGAACUCAAAGAGCAUGUGCAGCUUCUGAUGGAGAAGAACCAUGCCAAACAGCAAGUCAUCAUGGCCUUGACAGAGCAGAGGACCCGAGAACACUCUGAUCCCCUGAAAGAAGCAAAUGCUGUCACUGCAGAGACAUUGUAUAAACACCAGGAGGAGAUUGAGCACCUGAAGGAUGAUAUCGAUGCCUACAAAACCCAGAACCAGUUUCUCAAUUCGGAGAUCCACCAGGUUACUCGACUCUGGACAAGAGUUGCUGAGAAUGAAAAAGCCCUUCUGAUGAAGUGUGCCUAUCUGCAAGCCCAAAACUGCCAGAUGGAGAGCAAAUACCUGACGGUCUUGCGGAAGCUGCAGGAGACUCUCUGUGGCCUGCCCAGCUCACAUGCUGAUUUGGUGAGGAACCUCAUCCAGGAAGCACUCCAGUGGGAUGUGAAGGAAGGAGCAGAUCUGAACCUGAACCCUGUGAGUGAGUAUGAUGAGUACGGGUUUAUGACCGUACCUGACCACGAAGUUGAGGACUGGAAACUUCUGGCCAAAAUUCAAGCCCUGGAGAUGAAGUCCAACAACCUGCGGAGCCAGGAGGUAGUGGAGAAGCCCCUUCGUGACAGGUGGAAUAGCAUCGGGGAGCUGAGUCCCUCUGCAGAGCUGAAAAGCCUUAUUAGAAGUGGCAUUCCUGUGGAGCAUCGGCAGCGGGUCUGGAAGUGGAUUGUCAGCCAGCACUGCAGCUAUCUGCCUGACCACUACCAGCGGCUGUUAAGACAGAGCAAGAGCACUGAGCACCCUGCCUGUCGGCAGAUCGAGCUUGACCUGCCCCGCACACUGACCAGCAACAGACAUUUUUCAUCUCCCACUUCUCAGCUCAUCCCCAAGCUCCGAAGGGUGCUGCUGGCAUUCUCCUGGCACAAUCCUGCCAUUGGAUACUGCCAGGGACUGAACAGAUUGGCAGCUGUUGCCCUGUUGGUCCUGGAAGAUGAGGAAAAUGCUUUCUGGUGUCUGGUCCAUAUUGUGGAGAACCUAAUGCCAGCAGACUACUACAGUGACACCCUGAUAACAUCACAGGUAGAUCAAAGAGUCUUCAAAGAGUUCCUGGCAGAGAAGCUGCCUCGCCUCAUGGCUCAUUUUGAGCAGUAUCAGAUUGAUGUCUCACUCAUUACCUUCAACUGGUUUCUGGUGGCCUUUGUGGACAGCUUGGUCAGUGACAUCCUCCUGCGAGUGUGGGAUGCUUUCCUGUAUGAAGGGACUAAGGUGAUUUUCCGCUAUGCUCUUGCGAUUUUUAAAUACAAUGAGGAGGAAAUCCUAAGAAUUCAUGACAGCGUGGAGAUCUACCAGUACCUACGUUUUUUCACAAGGAUGAUUGUGGAUGGCAGGAAGCUGAUGAACAUUGCCUUCGAUGAUUUAAACCCCUUCCCCAUGAAACUGCUGAGGAAUCGGAGGAGAAUUCACAGGGAAGAGCUGGAGACAGAGCUGUGCGAGCUGGAACAGAUCAAAGCAGCCUACGUAAAAGGGAGAGCAGAGCAGGGAUCUCAAGGCUUGGAGGAAAUUGUUAGCGAGGAGGAGGAAGAGAUAUAGCGAAAACAGCUCAUCACUUCUCUCUCACCUUGUUCAAGGUCUAACAGCUAUCUGUAUGUGACAGAGGGAGAACAGAUGCUUGUAGGAGUUCAUCUGCCCCUGGAAGGCUGUCAAUGUAGGACCGUGUGGGGAUUUAGCCAGGCUUUGUGAUAGAUUGGAAGGUGUCAGAGGAAUUUUACCCAUCCUGUCCACCCCGUGCUGUGCAACUGAGAGAUGCAGCUGAAGAUCUGUAGGAAAUAAUGGUGGUGGUACCACAACAUGAUGCAGGUGAUCCAACCAGGCAGGGCAUUUCUUGAAGAGGCUUGAAAGAGAUUUUUCUGUGCAUGCGAAAUCAUAAAUAGGUAAAGCAAGAGCUUUUCCUCACUGGUAGCUAAACUUCUUAACUGUUUGGGAGGGGAACCUGCUCUCUGAACACACUGUGCCUUUAGUGGUUCACUUGCCAGGAGAGCACACGCACACACACAAACCUGCAGCUGCUGAGCUGUGCUGCUCUCUCCAGGUUGGGCCUGAAGAAGGCCUGGAAGCUGGAGGACAUCUUGCUAUGGGGCUCAGGCUGGGACAAAUGAAAUGAAACGGGGGAAGGUGGAGUUGUCUAUCCAGUUUAUUUUGGUUCCUGUGGGAAUCCACAGGGGCACAAGGUGUGUCUCUCGCGUGGCUGGAAGAUGCUGGGAACUACCCUUCCUCUUUGUUUAGCUUUGAGCAGAGCCAUCUGUGUGACAAACUGAAUUUGCACUAGAGAGCCCUCAUCUUGCUGUGAACCAGCUGGCUAUGGACAUGGCAUGGCAACUUGGACUGCUGGGGGCAGCUGAGUCUUUUGACCCACAGCUGACCAGGACGAGCAUGUGGCCCUCUCUGCCUCUGAGGCAUGCUUCUCCUCUGCUAGGUUUCUUCACCUAUGUCCCUGUCUCUGACAUACACUGAAAAUCCACAUGAAUGUGUCCUUUCUACCUUGAUUUCUCUGAGGUUUUGAAGGGAAUCCAUCUUUUCUCUUUGCUGUGCCCAAGUUUUGAGUGUGGGUGCUGCUUUGACUCAUGGAAUAUGGCACAUUAGGGGUGAAACUAUUUGGACUAGAUCACACACACACAAAAGGUUACUAUUUCCUGAGUUAGCUGCUGGCCUCCAUGGCCUCCAGUGCACCGAAGUGCCCCUCCUGCCUCUAGCAGAGGAGAUCUGAUAGCUUUCUCCUCUGCCCUGGGGCUGCCCCAUCCCUUGGGCCUGCAGCUCAGUCCUCCACAGACGCAGAGUUGGUCGAGUGCUUCAGAUAAAUACAGCUUUUUCCCCAUCCUGAUUCUGCUGCCCUGCUUUCCUGCUGAGAGGUGCUUUAUUCCAGGUGUGCCUGCAGCGCCCUGCUGUACGGGGAGACAUCUGUUCUGUAUUUUUAGGAGCCCACUCAGCAAAUUAUGCCUCCUCUAAACCUUGUGUGUAUAAAGUCAUCCACACUUGCAGAGAAAGGGAGACGGGGCAUCCACAGCCCGUGCUGCUCUCAGCCAGCUGGGCGAUAGCCAAAGCCACGGAGAGCGGUGAGCCCAGCAACCUGGCGCAUACGGUAUGAGACACGAGGACUCCGAUCAGCCCGGUUCGAAGAAUGACAGAAGCCUGAGCUGGCAGAGCCCUCUAGAGGCCGGCACACAGCAUGAAUUUACAUUCAAAUGGGAGCUGAGGUCUGGGAAGAGCGAGAACCCUGCAGCAGACAGACGGGCAACAGCGAGACAGAUCCACUGCCGUCAGUAACACCUGUGCACACCGACUGUGCAUGAGAAGAAAGUCUCAGCAGUGUCUUACCACAACGUCUCAACCCUCUGCCCGACCCCCAAAAAACCACACCAGUUUUCAAAGGAUGCCAUGUAACUAGAGAAGCUCCAAAGACAGAAGGAUGUUCUUAAUAGCUGCUGAUCUGAUUGACUUGUAGUUUUACGCAUGCACGCAAAUACAGAUUGCUGCUACUUUUGGCUUUUGAAAAGCAUCCUCUCUUAAAUAAUGACAUGGAAAUUAGAAGUAUAGUUAAAAUCCUGUUGUUAUUAAGACUUAUAGGUUUUGCUCCACA